AUGAACACAAAUGAGUGGAACACCAUUGACAAUACCCACUAUGGGAAGCAGAAGCUGAGUAUCAUGCUGUGGAGCGGAGAAGAUGUGCUGCGGGACGGUGUAGCCUGUUCGGGGCACCUCGGACUUAUUGCCGUGUUGCGGAACAAAGACAAAUUCGACGUUUACAAAAAGGAAGACAAUUUAAAAAUCUACACGAACAUUGGGAGGCUAAUAUCGAGCUGCAAAUUAAAUUCGGAUGGGCUAAUCUGCUUUGGCUGGAACAAAAAUAAUGACUUGGUUUUCCUUUUUAAAGAUAACAUCGUGAGGGUAUACUCCUGCUUUUGCGAGAAAAUUUUUGUUUUUUCCCUCGACGAGAGCAUAAAAAAUGAGGGCAUUCUGUACGGAUCGAUUUGUAACGAAGGAAUAAUUAUAAUCACGGAGCGGCUGAACGUUUUUGUAAAUUACUACUUUAAUGGAAAUAACUGCGUUAGGUACCCCUCGGUGGACUUGAAGGGCAAGCCCAAUUGCUUGUGCUCUGUAGAGGAGGACCUCCUGAAUGAGGAGCUAAACAUCGAACACGACUACUUUGACAGCAGGCCCAAUAACGACUUGCUCAGGCUGAAUAUUAAAAAUUACAUUACCAACCCGUUUGACAGUAAGAAGGAUACCGAGAGUGAGGGGGUGAAGGCAAAGAGUAAUACCCUCACGGAGAGCAGCGACAACUAUAAUGAUGACCUCGCCUGUAGGGAUGACCUCGCCUGUAGGGAUGACCUCGCCUGUAGGGAUGACCUCGCCUGUAGGGAUGACCACGCCUGUAGGGAUGACCACGCCUGUAGGGAUGACCACGCCUGUAGGGAUGACCACGCCUGUAGUGGUAACAUCGCGGUAUCCUCCAAAAAGCCAAAAAGAACUCUCAUGAAAAUAUCUGCGUACGAUUUGAACAAAAGGGAAGACAAAAAGAGGAGCUCCAAGAAUAACGCUGCUUCGAAGAAGAAAGAGGAAAAGGAGUUAAACAUACACCUCCUCAUUGCCCUAUGCAACGGAGGCUUUGUCCUCAUGAAUAAGCAUCGCCUGAAAAUUUACGAAACGGAUAAUUUAUCCCCCUAUGUUAACAUGUGUCUGUCUAAGUCGGGCACCAUUUUGGCCUUCCUCUCGGAGAGCGGCGUCAUCAAAAUAUUUUUAACGAAGAAUUUAAAUAAAUGCAUAGAGGAAACCGUUUUGGAUGGGAAAAAAAGCAUCAAGCAGAUCGUCUGGUGUGGCGAUGACUGUCUGGCAGUGUACACACCGAUGAUAACUCCAUCGAAUUACAUUCAACAUAUGCUCUUUAUUGGGGGACCGAAAAAUCAAUGGAUCCCCUACCAGUAUAGAAGCGAUUUAUUUCUUAUAGGAGACAUUUAUGGGGUAAAAAUUAUAAGCAAAGAAAAUUGUGAAUACAUUAGCCGAAUUAGAAAAUCUACAUUCAACAUUUUCAGCAUCGGUAGCUGCACACCAUCUGCUAUGCUUUUUUAUUCCUAUGAAAAGUACAAAAAUGGGAACAUCUGCCUGGAUGAUGAGAUACGAGCUUUUAAUAACAAUUUGCAUGUAGCCAUUGACGAGUGUCUGAAUGCAGCUACCCAUGAAUAUAGCGAAAGUGUUGUUAAUCUCCUCCUGCAGACUUCCCUAUUUGGAAAAAACUUUAUGAAAGCCAAUUAUGAUUGCAAGAAAUUUUUAUUAACUUGUUUAUACCUGCGCAUUUGUAUGAAUGUGCGAAGACCCCCCUUGGAUAUCUUCCUCACAGCCUCGGAGUUACAGCAUAUGAGCAUUCCAUCCUUUGUAAAUUAUAUUGCCAAAAGGAAGGAGUACCUUCUGGCGUACCGCAUUUGUGAGUAUGCAGGAAUUAAAACGGACCAAAUACUGAUCGAGUGGUGUAAAGAAAAAAUUGAGAAAUCGAUCGAGCUGACAGAUGAGCAACUCUGUGCAGCGAUUACAGACAAAAUUGGGAAGAAGAAAAAUAUGGACUAUUCGUACAUCGCGUUCGUUGCCGCGAAAUGCUUGCGGCCGCAGCUAGCCACCAUCAUCAUUCAGUAUGAAGAAAAUAAAAAGAAACAAAUUGACAUGCUGCUGAAACUAGCCAACUACGGAUUAGCCAUGGAAAAGGCCAUCCUUUCGAAGGACAUCGAAUUGGUCUACAUGUGCAUUGUAAACAUUUUAAAUCAGGAGAAGGUGAAUGCGAACGGAGAAAGGGAGCUCUCCACCCUCAUCGAUGUUUUUAACAAAAAUGCUCAGGCAGCCAAUUGCUUCUACAUUUAUUGUAAGAAGACGAAGCAGUACAAUUUGUUGAAGGAAUAUUACGAAAAGAGUGGGCAGCAUUCGAAGGCCGCCUUCGUCACGUUGGAUUUAGCCCUUUCGAAAAAGAAUUUGGAUCAAAAGAAAACCUGGCUGGCAUACGCAGCUGGUUUUUUAACCACCGACCAGAUGAAUAGCCACAUCAAAUUUGUACACAAAUCGUUGAUGAAUAAUAUAGACUUGUUGAAUUACCAAAAGGAACUAGAAAUAAAAUAUAACAAAAAAUCGGUUAUAGGGUACCCCCAUAAGAUUCAGGGACUGUCCCUCAUGAGCACAGUAGAGUAUACCCUAUCAGUAGGGGAGUUUUUGGACGCAGAUCAUAUUUUUAAAAAAUUUAAAAUUUCCGAGCCGAAAUUUUGGAGGUGCAAAAUACACGCACUUGCCAAAAAUAAACACUUUGAUGAAUUGUACAAUUUUGCCAACUAUCGAGUGUCGCCAAUCGGAAUGGACUACUUCAUCGAAUGCGCUCAUGAGUAUGGCUCCGCUGCGCUUACCAUCAAGUUAAUACAAAAAAUUAAGGACUUGAACGUGCAGCACAAGUGGUUCACCAAGCUGAACAUGCAGAGUGAGGCCGAUAGCGUGCUGGAAGAAAUCAAGGCGCAGAAAAUGACCACCAGCUCGCUCCUUCAAACCAUUUCAGACGCCAUAUCGAACAUGCGCUAG